GGGACCUGUCACAAUGAGGUGCUGUGCCUUUUCACUUCUCUUGGGUUCACUCUUCGUCCUUGGCCAUUGUGAUUUUCCUGCUGGUUCUUGUGAUGGAUACACAAACAUAACUGAACCAUGGCGCAAUAUAUUAUUUGCCUCGACAUCCUACCCCGGCUACGGAAAGGGUGAUGGACAUCUUCUUGCAAAAUGGUGGCGCUUUACAGGGAUUGGUGGAGACAGAGUCAUUUCAAGCUGCCACGCUACCGCCACUGGUGGUGCCCGGUUUCCUAUUAAUGUUCCAUUUGGAUAUCCAACAACUGAAUCUGCAACAGCAGUGGGAUCUGCCUAUGGUUCUAUUGGAUACUGCAAUUAUUUCAGCUUAACAAUAACUGUGGUCCUCUGUCCUGGAGGAUUCUACAUAUACAAACCAUCAUCUCACCCACAUCCCUAUUUGGGUUAUGUAACCUAUCACUAUGUGUGUAACCCAGACUCCUGUGGACCACUUGCUCAGUGUUCAUCCUCUGAUGGAGGCUGUACAUGUGUUCCUGGGUAUGAAAUCCCUCAAACACACCUACCCACACCAGAUUCCUAUGGUUGUAUUGACAUAGAUGAGUGUCAGAAGACUUCAGGAAUUUGUGGUUCUUACUCCACUUGUACCAACACCAAUGGAUCACACCUCUGUACAUGUCUGAAUGGAUUUAAAGCUACAGAUUCAGAAUUACCACCUGAAAAGUCCAACCCAUGCAUAGAUAUUGAUGAAUGUCUUGACAACAUCUGUGGAGAUGAUGGGACCUGCCUCAAUAACCCAGGAAGUUUUGGGUGUGAGUGCCAUAAAGGCUUUGAGCUUGUACCCGAUGCAACUCCUCUUUGCCAAGAUGUUGAUGAAUGUUUCAACUCCACCAUCUGUGGCCCUGACUCGAUUUGCACCAACACACCUGGAGCUUAUACCUGUGCCUGUCAAGUGGGUUACGCACCAACUGAACCAGACGAGGAACCCAGCAACACCAACAUUUGUAUUGAUGUUGAUGAGUGUGUCAAAAAUGCCUGUGGUCCUAAUGCCAACUGCACAAACUCAAUCGGAUCUUAUCUCUGUACGUGCUUCCCUGGUUAUCGGCUAGACAACCCAGACGUGAUAGCCAGCGUAUCAAACCCAUGCACAGACAUAGAUGAGUGCAGUGAGACACUGGGAAUAUGUGGCAGACAAACUGUGUGCACUAAUGUACCAGGGACCUUCUAUUGUUCUUGUCCAGAUGGAUUCUACCCAUCAACUGGAAUUGUGUGGACGUUGGGUGUUUCAUUUUGCCAAAGUCUUCAGGAUAUUCUAGAUGAGAUAAAACCCCCAGAGGGACAGACAAAAGAGAGAGCUUUUCUUAACAACAUGGAUCAACAACUGAAAAACAAUACAGGCAUCACAUUACCGGCACCGACUGUGGCAAACAGCUUCUCGGCAUCUAUGGAAGUGUCAGGUGUUGGACCCCGUGCCAAGUCAAUCACAGUGAGUAGCGAAGGUGACGGCGAGACCGGCAGUGUGAUUCUGGGCAUCUCAGACCGUUUGGUGUCUGCGAUGGUGUAUCCAGGUCAGAACAAAACCAAGACAACUGUGAAGAGUUCAACAGUGGAUUUAAGUCUCGAAACUAUCGGACCUGGAACCAGCAAUGGAGAGAGCUCUCUUCUCUCAGCUAAAGGCAACACCAUGCAAGUCAAUCUGGGAGGUCUGGCCAAAAACAACAACGGUUCUGCAGCAGCUGCCUUCAUGACAUUAAAUGGGAUGGAGAGUCUUCUUAGUCAUCAGUACUUUGAAACAGAAAAUCAGACAGAGAUGUACUCAGAUGUCAUCACUGCAAUCUUGCCCUCAAUGAACAGGACCAACCUCACAGAGCCUGUCAACUUUACCAUCUAUCACAAGCAGGCAGUACCUGAAUCUGGUUUGGUAACCUGUGUGUACUGGGAGGACAAAACACAGGAGACAGGAAUGGGAGAAGGAAGUCAGAAAGGAGAAGAAAAGACUAAGACCAUGCGUUGGUCAGUAGAAGGCUGUUGGGUUGCACACACUAAUGAAAACUACACAGUGUGCAGCUGCUCUCAUCUUUCCACAUUUGCUCUCAUCCUGCAGAUAGGGGAGCCUCCACCAGAGAACUCUUUCCUAGAGUGGUUGAACCGGAUGUGUGUGAUCGUUGGACUAUUCUUCUUUGCACUGGCCAUUCUCACCUUCCUGCUGUGUAGCUGGAACCCCAAGAUCAACAACACAGCCCGUCUUCACCUCUGUCUCAGCCUCGCCCUGUCUCAUCUACUGCUCCUGUGGAAUGACAAAUAUGUUGAACAAAAGCUUGCCUGCACUGUCAUGGCUGGGCUUCUCCACUUCUUAGUUGUUGCAAGUUUUGUGUGGAUGCUGCUGGAGGCCCUGCAGCUCCACCUGCUGGUCCGGAGGCUCUCCAAGGUGCAGGUCAUCCAGAGAGAUGGUCUCCCCAGGCCACUUCUCUACCUGAUUGGCUAUGGUGUUCCAUUUGUGAUUGUGGGUACUUCUGCACUGGUGUAUUCAGAUGGAUAUGGUGCUACUGAGGCAGAGGUUUGCUGGCUGUCACAAAAACGCAACUUCAAAUGGGCUUUAACAGGGCCAGUGAUUACUGUCCUUGCGCUUAACUGGAUCCUGUUCUGUGCUACUUUAUGGAGUCUGAAACCCACGUUGGCCAACAUGAAGAGUGAUAUCUCUCAGUCCAAAGAUACGAGAUUAAUUGUGUUCAAGAUUCUGGCCCAGUUUGUCAUACUGGGCUGUACCUGGAUUCUGGGCCUGUACCAGUCUAAUCUUUUCUUCCAGGUCCUUUUUAUAAUCCUUAACUCCCAGCAGGGCACUUUCCUCUACAUCGUCCACUGCCUGCUCAAUAAAGAGGUUAGAGAGGAAUACAUGAAAUGGCUGACCUGUUCUUUCAAGACGUCCAGAGAAGGAGGAUCCGUGGUGAAGAGAUGCUCCGUCAGUCUCCGAGGACUUGGAUAAAGCUGAGGAACAGACACACUAAUUGUGAUGAAAAAAGAGCGACAAAAGAGAGAAGAAAGACAGAGAAGAGACAAGCAGUCCUUAUUCACUUUUUAACCAUUAGUCAUUAAAUAUUAUUAUUUUAUUGUUGUUGUUGUGUUUGGGAAUGACAUAUCAAUUAAAGAAAAAAAAAAUUCUCUAUGCAUAUAUAAAUAUGUAUGUGUAUAUAUGUGUGUCUACUUCAGUGAUAUCUAUUAUAAUUUACUGUGUGUCAUCUUCUGGUUUGGCUGAUGUUCACUUGGAACAAUACAACAGGUUUUCAACAAUCAAGACAAAGAGUGCAGUGCAGUGUAUACUCACACAUGUAAGCUCUGAAUAAAUAGUCUGGGUCUGCAAAAUAAAUAGUUUGCAUUUAAGAUGUUUCUUGCAUGACACAUACAUUGUGUUUUUAUGAACUAAUUUGUAUGUUUCGUGUGUUUUGUCUAUUGUUGUAUUUUUUGUUUUGAGUCUAUAAUAAACUUCUGUUGCAUCAGA